AUGCUAUGGCUGGUCGUUUGUUUGCUGGCGUCUCCACUGUCAGCAGCAGCAGCCUGGCUGGAUACCGUCACAUCCUCGCGGCUAUUCUGCCUGCAGCAAACAUACUGCCGCAUGACUUGUGCCAGCAAGCGGGAACAAGGCCAUCCCUUCAAUAUCGAAUUGGAACUCGAAGCUCCACAUUAUAGAGGUCACAUGGAUCUCAUCACGUCUCCAAGAAGCAGAGUGCAGAAUUGCGCGAUCUGCACGCCGCCCCUGAAAUGCCGAGCUUAUCCGCAACCUCUGGAUCCUAGCAGGAUCGAUUGGCUCCUGGAAGCAGACCGAAGGCUCACUGUCCGAAAGAUUUUAUCCGGUGAUCUUCUCGCCCAGAGACUCAUAGACGAUUGCUGCCGAAUUUUCCUUCGCCGCCAUUUUGACAUUCAGCGGUUUAAGGACACGCCCGCCGUAAUGUCUCAGCAAUACGUGACAAUGGUCUGCGACCCCAUCCUCGCGGGGUCUAGGCACUGUGGCUUGCUCUUCUCGGAGCGCACAGCCUGGGAUAUGACGGCAUGUGAAUACGAAACCGACACCUGCCAGGUAGAGUUCGGCACCACGCUCAAGAACAGACAAUGCAGCAAAAAGCUCUAUGAUCAUCCGUUCACUCUGGACCUAGAGCUUGGUACAUCGGCGUACGAAGGCUACCUCACCUUGAUCUCAAACAGGCCCGAAGAUGUCCCGAGCUGCAUGUGUUGCACUCCUCCCCUCAGAUGUCGCGCUCGUCCACAAGAGAUGGAUCCUAGCAGGGUCAAUUGGGUCAUGGAAGCAGACGUCAGGCUCGCUGUCACAGGAAUUCCUUCUGGCGAUCCUCUCGCUGCGAGACUUAUGCAAGACUGCUGUCAUGUGGUUUUACGCCGUCGUUUCGAGGUCCAGCUGCGCAAAGCUGCACCUGCAAGGCUCGUCUCUGAAACGGUCACUAUGAUCUGUGAUCCUCGCAAUGCGAUGUCAGGACACUGCGGACUACUCUUCUCACAGCGAACCACUUGGGAUUUGCGCGAUUGCGAAUCCAUCGAUACCUCAUGCCAAGCUGACUUUGCCAGCCUUACACACGGACGAAUGUGCAAAUGGUCCGACGGCACUAUUAGUCGGCCAUCAGCAGUGCCAGAUGCCUACCCUGCCUGCCCGGACGCCCCGCAGUAG